AGUGACACGUGUCGCGAGGCAGUUCCUUACGCUAAAGUAGCACUUGAAGGCUAUGCAUUCACCGGCGCAGGAAGGUCAGGCUACCUGCAUACGCAGCAUCCAGUGACAGGGAGUGUCUUUGUGGUACGCACCGAUGGCUGCAGUAGUAGCACAGGGCAAACCGGAGCCCAAUCUGAUAACGGCAAGGGCGGCCGGCGACGCCGGGUGAGUUUUGUUCUUAUUGGAGUGGCAGCAUAUGCUGGAUCGGGAAUCGUCCCACCUAGGGCCUGUCUGGGGUCGUUCGCUUGA